AUGCCUAACACUUCAAUCAUCCGUGUCCCCCAUCUCGGCGGCAUCGAUGCCUCCUAUCAGACUCCCGGCCUGGACACCUCCAAGCCCACCUUGGUCCUGGUCAAUUCCUUCACCACCUCAUCCGAACUCUACAAAACACAAUAUGCCAACAAAACCCUCACCUCCGAGAUGAACCUCCUCGCAAUUGAGUUGCUGGGUCACGGCCAAACGCGCUGUAAAGUUGAAAACUGGACUUACUGGGACACAGCAUGGAUGAACAUUCAAGUUCUGCAGGAACUAGAGAAGCAGGGCAAAAUCGAUCAAAGCAAAGGUGUCUUCGUACUCGGAACCAGUCAAGGCGGUUGGAUCACUGUGCGUAUGGCUCUACUGGCCCCUGACAAGAUCACCGGCAUCAUCCCCCUCGGCACAAGCCUCGACUUUGAAUCUCCCAAGACCCGCGAACUGGGUUGCUGGGACGCACCCUCGGACCUAACACCGACCAUCGACGCCUGGAGCAACCCCUCCGACUCUUCCUUCCGCCCAGGAAACUCCUUCGCCGACUUCCUCAUCGACAUCGGUUUCGGCAAAGACUGCGACUCCUCCGUACGAGACUUCUGGCGCAACGAAAUUGCCGCAAACUAUAUCGGCGAGGAAGGGCGCAAGAGAGCUAGAAUGGCAACGAUCAAUUUGAGGGAUAGAGAUGGUUUGCAUGGCAGAUUGGCGGAUGUAAAGUGUCCGGUGUUGUGGCUGCAUGGCACGAAAGAUGUGGUGUAUUCGGUUGCCAAUGCAAAAAGGGAGAUUGAGAUGUUUGUGGGGAGUAAGGAUGCAGAGCUCAGGGUUGUGGAGGGUGGGCAGCACUUUUUGUCGUUUAGUCAUCCUGAGGAGGUUGAUGCUGCUGUUGCGGAGUUUGUGGCCAAGUAUUCGUGA